CCUUUGCCAGCCUACUUUGUGAAAGAAAACAUUGGGGUGUCUUUGGCUGUUCUUGAUAAGCCUAUACAAAAAAAAAAAAUGACAUGUUUUAGUUGCUUCUAGUUGCUGAAGUAAAGGAACCCUGCAGCCUUCCCAUGCUAUCUGUUGACAUGGAAAACAAGGAAAAUGGCUCUGUCGGUGUAAAAAAUUCCCUGGAGAAUGGGAGACCACCUGAUCCUGCAGACUGGGCCGUGGUGGAUGUCGUCAAUUACUUCCGAACAGCAGGAUUUGAGGAGCAAGCUAGUGCUUUUCAGGAACAGGAAAUUGAUGGAAAAUCCCUGCUAUUGAUGACAAGAAAUGAUGUAUUGACAGGACUUCAGUUAAAAUUGGGGCCUGCUCUGAAAAUCUACGAGUACCAUGUAAAGCCUCUGCAGUCGAAGCAUUUAAAGAACAACUCUUCCUAGUACCAUCACAUCGGGGUCUCAGACCUCAAAAAUACAUAAUGACAUAAUUUAGUUUCAUGUGAUGAAACUUUGUAAACAGAAUACAUACAUGUGUAUAUGUAAAGAAUUUCAACCAAAUGAAACGUUAUCCUAUUGGAUAGACUAGGCAACCCAUCAGCUGGCCUGAAUUCAGCUAGGAGGAGCGAGGAGAACAGGUGGGCAGCAUGGUUUUCCUGGUGAGUUUGUCAAAGAGAGUAAAAUAAAUUAAUGUUUGGCAUGAUUAGAUACCCUUCCCCAGAAAAGCUUUGAAGUCACAAGGAUUUUCUUCAUUUCUUCAUAGAUGGCGUUCCCAAAAUUCUUUUAAAAUUGUAGUGGUGUGAGCAUCUUUUGGUUAGACUUGGGGAAGGGCAGAAAAGAGAAAGGAAUUGCUGUCUCCCUUGAAUUCCUCUGCUCCUUAGAGCUUGUGUUAUUGGGAUGGACUUGCCGACACCCUUUUUUACAGAGGGUCCUCACUUGACCUUAUUAAGGUUUCACUGGGAUAUGCUGCGAUGUUGGAAAUGAGCGUGUAUCUUGGCCCCUUCAGAAGCAGACCCGUAGCUCUGAAAACAAAAACCGUGUUGUGUAUUGGGGAUAUCCAUCCAUGUUCAGCUGGCUUUCACAGGGGGUAAUGGUGUUUUCUGCAUAGAAUUGCGUUUAAAUUGGUUCUUUGUUUCCGAAGAAAGCAUUUUUUUCACUUUAUGGUUGUAUUUAUAAUAAUUUGUUUCUGAAGAAAUUUGCCAAGAGUUGCAGAUCAAAAGGCCUUGUUACUAGUACAGAAUAUUUUUAUAUACAUUCCUUCAUGAUGGUGUAAUAUUUUUUUAAUUGCUCUGAUGCUUUGUUUGAUUCCUGGUUUGAGUACUUGUUUAAAGAACUUGAAGAAGUCAGCUUGCUACAUCUCUGUUCAAAGAGACAUUUGUUCAAUCUCUGUGUGUCAACGCCUUGUUGGAUUGGUGCUUCGUGGUUGCAAUAAAGUUGCUUCAGUUUA